AUAGGGUUGGUUUUUCUAAUUCUGUAAAAAAUGACUUUGGUAAUUUGAUAGGAAUUGAAUUGAAUUUGUAGACAGCUUUAGGCAGUAUGGUCUUUUUAACUAUACUGAUCCUUCCAGUCUAUGCACGUGGGAUGUUUUUCCAUUUGUUUGUGUCACAGUUUUCUUUAUCAGUGUUUUGUAGUUCUCCUGGUACACAUCCUUCACCUUCUUGGUUAAAUGUAUUCCUAGGUAGUUCUUGACUUGGUCCUCAGCGAGGUUGUUUUUGGUAUAUAGAAAUGCUACUGAUUUCUGUAGAUUGUGUCCUGAAACUUUACUGAAUUCAUUUAUUAAAUCUAAGAGUUUUUUGGUGGAAAAUAUGUCUUAAUAGGUUAAGGAAAUGGAAGGGAUUCUGAAGAGAAGAUAUCCCAAUUCUUUACCUGCUUUAAUAUUGGCUGCAUCAGCAGCUGGUGAUACAGUGGAUAAAAAUACAGUAGAAUUUAUGGAGAAAAGGAUAAAAAAGCUAGAAGCUGAUCUGGAGGGCAAAGAUGAAGAAGCAAAGAAAAGCCUUCGUACCAUGGAACAGCAGUUUCAGAAAAUGAAGAUUCAGUAUGAACAAAGACUAGAGCAGCAGGAGCAGCUACUUGCCUGCAAAUUGAAUCAACAUGACUCUCCCAGAAUUAAAGCACUAGAGAAGGAACUUGAUGACAUUAAGGAAGCCCAUCAGAUCACUGUAAGAAACCUUGAAGCCGAAAUAGACAUUCUUAAACAUCAGAAUGCUGAAUUAGACGUCAAGAAAAAUGAUAAAGAUGAUAAAGAUUUUCAGUCUAUAGAAUUCCAGGUGGAACAGGCUCAUGCUAAAGCUAAAUUAGUAAGACUCAAUGAAGAACUGGCUGCAAAAAAGAGAGAAAUACAAGACCUUUCAAAAACUGUGGAGAGGCUUCAGAAAGAAAGAAGAAUGAUGCUAUCAAAUCAGAACUCUAAGGGCAGAGAGGAAAUGUCUGCCAAAAGGGCAAAGAAAGAUGUGUUGCACUCAAGUAAAGGGAAUGCUAACUCCUUCUCUGGAACCCUGGACAGCAAGCUUUACCAACCACAUACUUUCACUGAUUCCCAUGUUUCAGAAGUUUUGCAAGAAAACUACAGAUUAAAAAAUGAGCUAGAGGGAUUAAUUUCAGAGAAGAAUGAGCUGAAGGUGAAAUCUGAAGCAGCAAUCAAUCAAUUUGAAAACUCCAUGAGAAGGGUCAAGGAAGAUACUGCAGCAUACAUUGCAUCCCUCAAAGCAUCUCAUCAGAGAGAAAUAGAGAAACUCCUUUGCCAAAAUGCAGUAGAAAAUUCUUCUUCCAAAGUAACGGAACUAAAUCGUAAAAUAGCAACUCAAGAGGUACUUAUAAGACAUUUCCAAAGUCAAGUUAAUGAGCUGCAGAGUAAACAAGAGUCUCUUGUAGUUUCUCAAGUUCGAGAAGAAAUUCUACAGAAAGAGGUUACAAAACUCUUAGAAGAAUUGAGAGAAGCCAAAGAAAACCAUACACCAGAGAUGAAACAUUUCGUGGGCUUAGAAAAGAAAAUUAAGCAGAUGGAAAUGAGACAUGCACAAAGAGAACUGGAACUUCAACAGAUAAUACAGCAAACACACCAAGCAGUGGAAACUGAGCAAAACAAAGAAGUUGAAAAAUGGAAAAGACUGGCACAGUUAAAGAAUCGUGAGCUGGAGAAGUUCCGCAUAGAACUAGACUCAAUAUUAGAUGUUCUCCGAGAGCUGCACCGGCAAGGGGUGGUUGUGCCAGUUGCUUUUGCAGAUGAAGUGAGUGCACCAGAGUAUUCCUAGAAACUCAGAUUUCAUAAUGACCUUAUUAAAAGGCCUAAAAAAUGGAUGGGAUUGUGCCACUGCCAGGACAGCUUAUGAAAAACAAAUGUUCCAGUAUGUUUCCAGAAAGCAAACAACCAAAGCAACAUUUCAAAAUAAAUUGCCUUUAACCAAUAAAAACAUAUCAUGGUGUAUUUUACUAAAAAUCAUUAACCAGUCACAUUUUAAGUGAUUUAUGGACAGGUUCCUUUAUAGCCGAGAAGGUCUCACUUGUAUGCUAGAAAUAGAAAGAAAAGAAAAUUGAACAUACUGUGCCACAUUUUUAUUGAUAAUGUGGGAUUUUUUUAAUUUUUAUUUUAGAUCCAGGGGAUAUAUGUGCUUGUUGUAACAUGGGUGUAUUGAAUAAUGGUGGGAAUUGGGCUUCUAGUGUACUCAUCACCUAAGUAUUAAACACUGUACCCAAUAGGUAAUUUUUCAACCCUUACUGCCCCUCACACUCUUUACCCUAUUGGAGUCCCCAGUGUCUAAUCUGCAUCUUUAUGUCUGUGUAUACCCAUUGUUUAGCUCCUACUUUUAAGUGAGAACAUAUGCAAUAUUUUAUUUUUUACUUCUGAUUUAGUUCACGUUAAGACAAUGGCCUCCAGCUCCAUCCAUGUUGCUGCAAAUGACAUGAUUUCAUUCUUUUUUAUAGUUGCAUAAUACUCCAUUUAUAUGUAUCUCUAUAUAUCUCUCUCUCUCACGUUUUCUUUAUCCAGUCAAUUGUUGGUAGAUACUUAAGUUGGUUCCAUGAACUUGCUGUUGUAAAUAUUGAUGCAAUAAACAUACAUGUGCAGAUAUCUUUUUUA